AUGUGUAACGUAGAAAGUAAGCUGCACAUCUGCAGUCACACACAGACGGAGAGGAACAGAGAAGAGACCAGGAUGGAGAAAGUUCUUCUGAGCGUCAUCAUCGCCGUGUCAGGGCUGAGUGCUGUCUCAUCACCUGCCAGACGUCAGUAUUAUUUUGUGUAUGAUCAGAAGAACUUUACUGAAGCCCAAAGUUACUGCAGAGAGAAACACACAGACCUGGCAACUAUAGACAACAUGGACAAUGUGAAGACCCUGAACAACAUGGCAGAUUCAAGCAAAAUGGUCUACUUCAUAUACAGCUAUCUAGCCUGGAUAGGGCUGUACGAUGACAUGGACAGCUGGGAGUGGUCACUGUCAGAAAAAAGUUUCUACAAACCUGGGGAGACGGAGUUCAGACACUGGAAGACAGGAGAACCGAAUAAUAAAUCCGGUAAAGAACACUGCACAGAGAUGUAUGAUACCGGGCUAUGGAACGACAACGAUUGUGAAACCUCCAGGAGGGCAGUCUGCGUAGAUGUCAGAGGGCCAAAUUUGACUUUUAUCUUCAAUAACAUCUCCAUGAAGUGGACCCAGGCCCAGAGCUACUGCAGACAACACCACACAGACCUGGCCAGCAUUAGAAACAUGACGGAAAACCAGAAGGUACGUGAUGUAGCUGCAGGACACAGUGUCUGGAUCGGUCUUUUCAGAGAGUCCUGGAAGUGGUCGGAUGGAAGUAACUCCUCAUUCAGGUACUGGAGUCAGAAAACUAAGGAACCCAACAACAACCUAGGGGCCGAGGCUUGUGUGGCUGCAGACUUCGAAGUCUCUGGGAAAUGGGAAGACUGGCCCUGUCACUACAGGAGAGCGUUCAUUUGCUACGGUCCAGAAGUAGUGCCUGUUUCAAAGAAAGUGGUGAAAGUGAAGUUUGAGAACAAGAACAACCUGGAUCUAAAUGACCCUGCUGUGAAGAAGGCCAUGUUGAAGCAGCUCAAACAGAAGCUCAGGGACCAGGGCCUGGACAACAAUAUCAAACUGAGCUGGAGGAAGCAGGCCGAUGGAGAAGUCUUUCACAAGGAAGAGAAAGAGGCAAAGAAGAGGAAGAAGAAAGAUGAGCUGUAA